CGGGGCCAUUGUCCUUUGAACAAUGAAUAUUUGAAUGAUAUGUUUAACCCCCCAUUGUGGUGUUUUUGUGAUAAAGAGCGUGGGGGGUUGAGGAUAUGGGGUGCAUAUUUUCAUCGGUCCUCGUAUCGACUUUUGCGACUUUGAACUCGUCCUUCUCGUCCUUGCAAACUCGUCUUGAAGACCCUUUUGUAUUCAACACAGCGAGUACUAUGUACGUAUUUUUCCUGUCUUUCCUAUGCACAAACAAACAAACAAACGCAUACCUAACCCUCCGUUCAUCCAGACUCCCACGUCCGAUUCCUCGCAGAGCGAUUCUUCUCCUACUUCCUACUUGCCCCUCUACGAAAUGCUCAUCCAACCCAUCCCGAUCAGUCCUACUUUCACCUCUACUGCUUUCACCUCUACUGCUUUCACCUCUACUGCUUUCACCUCUACUUCUUUCACCCCUACUGCUUUCACCCCUAUUACGUUCAUCGGCUCACCCACCGCAUUGAUUGCGAUAGCGAGAACGUCGAGGGAUGGGGACGGGUGGAAGUAUAGGCACAGGUAUGGGUAUGGGUAUGGGAAUGGGGAUAGGUAUGGGGAUGUGGUGGUUCCUCAACCGAUUGAGUUACCGAGGCUUUUGGUGUUUGGGGAUGGGAUGGAGGUCGACGACCACGACGUCUUCCACGACGACCACGACGACCACGACGACGAUAACCAGAACCACAACGAGGCCGUACUCGACGUGGAUGUACUCGACGCAGACGUGGACUCGUCCGAUUCCGAUUCAGAAUCAACCACCUCAACCACAUCCCAUAUCUCCGAUAUAUCUUCCAUGACUUCCGUGUCGUCCUCAUCCUCCAUAGCCAAGUCAUCACCGGCAGCAGCAGCAGCGGGGGUGGUGUACGUCCCACCGCACAAACUCUCCACCACCAAACCGGAAUCGGAUUUCGAAUACGAAAGCUCUAUCCCCUCACACCGUCUCCUCUCCUACUCCCGCUCCCAACACUCCUCUAAAUCCUAUCCCAACCCCAACCCCAAAUCCCAAUCCACAUCCCAAUCCAAAUCCACAUCCACAUCCAAAUCCCAGUCCAAAUCAUCGGUAAAUCGAUACAAAUACCAAGGCGGUGAAACGGGCGUUAUGACCGGGGGUGUUAUGUUGGGUUCUGCUAUUCGUUCUCCGUUUACGCCUACUCGUCCCACACUUGCAUCUACUCGUACUCGUUCUCCACUUGCGCGCCACACGAAACGCGGUACUACGCGUACGUUGAUCUUGGGUCCGGAUUCUUCUUCGUCUUCGGAUUGGCGGCGUCCGCGUGUUCCAGGUCUUUUGGCGUAGACGAAUGAACGGAUAAAUGGACUCAAGGACGAACGAACGAACGAACGAACGCUUUGCCUAAACGAACCCUUUGAAGACGAGAUGAACAUUGAAAUGACACCGGGACAGUCUAAGUGACUUGGUUUCGUAUUUUGUAGAGCUGUAUCAUAAAUAACCAAAACACCCUGAACGCAUUGUAUGUAUCUUUUAUGUACCUAUUCCAUACUGUAUCGAUGUAUCUAUAUCCGUUUAUUCCUGUAUCAGUGUAUCCUUCCAACUUUCCAUCUUUCCCUCUUAUUUUUGUUUUUUUGAUAUCUACGUUGAGAUUCAGGGAGUUCAUACAAGCAACUUAAACAUAAAUAAACACAAC